AUGAACAACAACAAUAAUGACAACCAACAACUGCUCAAUUGGAUUCUAAUGUCGGACCCAACAGUCGACUUGACCGCUCCCGUGGUUCCCGCAGACUUUGUCCCUUCCAAUGAGCAGCACCAACAACAACAGCCUGGGGCUGAUUUAUUCAACUACUUUCUUGGCAAUGAGCAACAACAACAACAGCAACAGCCAUUGUACAAUGCUCCAACCAUGCCUUCAACGUUGUCUACUUCCCCACCACCACCUCCUCAACAACAACAACAACAACAGGCAACGGUAUCACUGCAACAACAACAACAACAACAGCCAACACCAUCCAAUGUAACACAACAACAACCGCCAAGCAAUGAUUCCACGACUAUUGCUCCAUGUGGUAGCCCCAACGGCAAGAUGUCCAAUAGUAGCAAAUGUGCUGGUGAUGCUUGUUCACAUGAGGAUGACCAAGGUGUUAUUGGCUUUGAUGCUCCCACCGAGUUGACAUUUGAAAAGCAAGCUGAACGUGAUCAACAUGACGAUGAGGAUUAUCUUUCAGAGACACAACUCAAGAUGAUGACGUCCAAGGAGAGACGACAGCUAAGAAAUAAGAUCUCUGCUCGCAAGUUUAGAAAUCGCAGAAAGGAAUACAUUUCCAUGUUGGAGAAUGAAGUACAAAAGCAGAAACAAGAGAACAACCGAUUACGACUUGAAGUUACUUGGAUUCGUGGUACUGUGGACAAGUUACAAAAGGAGAAUGAUCAGCUACGAUUGCAGCUUGUCUUGUGUAAGGAAGGAAUUCAACCUCGUCGACCUACUACACAAUACAUUGUACCUUCAACGACUGCACCACCAGCACAAUAUCCUCAUCCUCCUGUUACCAAUCAUGGAAGACCAUCGUCAUUGUCUCCUCCUUCACUUGGCAGCACUGAUCCAGCCUUUGCUCACUCUUCGGAUAAUUCGACCAUUUCGUCGCAUAGCAACCCGUCUCCUGGUGACUACAACAAUGUCGAUUCAUGGGAUUUGAUGUUGCCAACGGAUACGACUACCACCAUCCACCCUCAUCAACAACAACAACCCUCUUAUCACCACCAAACCUAUUUAUCACAUGCUGUGAUGCCUGAAUGGGACUUGGGUACUAUUCUCAACAAGGCCUCCAUGAUGACAUCUCCAGGCACGGACUUGUUUUAUCAUUAUCCAUUGUUGGCCCCAGCUCUCAUGUCGAUUAUUCUUGGUCAUACAAUGACCAUGACGACCCAGGAUCUUGUGCGUCAUGCCAAGUUGCUUCCACCACCACCCUCCGUCACAGAUACGUUUAUCAACGAUAUGUGGUUUGGUCCUCAUUUCAGUACUCGAUCAUCCAAAAAGAUGGCUACUGGCGAAGAGUUACGAUCCAUUUGGGAAGCUCAACAAUUACGCCGUGAAAUGAGUCUCGAUUUCUGGGAUGAGGAAGAAGCAUUCGAGGAACAAUCAACAGCAGUGAGUCGUAAUGGCCUUCCUGAGAAUUGUCCUUUGAAUUGGUUGCAAAAGCAAUUCUGCCGAUUUAUCUAUGGUCAAAUCAUUGCUCGCUAUCCUCAUUUACAACAACCUUGCCAGACUUAUCUUCCUAUCUGCGACCAAUUCGCUCGUGAAAUCCAAGCUUAA